CAAAUUCCCAAUUUCACCUAAUUCUCAUUAACAAACUAAAACCGCUAAUUUCCGCUUCUGUAAAACCCUAAUUUUCCAAUCCCACCGGACAAACUGCACCUUGGAGUUUCUUUCAUGCGAGAUCCCCUCCCUCCGCCGCCGUCUUCCGGCGACGACGGUGACCCUUACGGCUCCUGGUAUGGCAACAUCGACUACCUUCUCAACAUAUCCGCAAUCGGCGCUUUGUUCUGCCUCUUGAUUUUCCUCUUGGUGAAGCUACGGAGCGACCACCGCCGUAUUCCCGGUCCCGCCGCCCUCGCCAGCAAGCUUCUCGCCGUAUGGCACGCAACAGGCCGUGAAAUCGCCCGCCACUGCGGCGCUGACGCCGCUCAGUUUCUCCUUAUCGAAGGUGGAAGCUGCGCCGUUCUCUUGUCCGUUGCGGCUCUCGCCGUCGUUGUUUUGCUUCCGCUAAAUCUUCACGCUGGCUCUGCGGUUUUGGAUGACCAAUUUUCCAAGACAACCAUCAACCAUAUACCUAAAGGUUCGCCUCUGCUUUGGAUUCAUUUCCUUUUCGCUGUUGUUGUAGUUGUAUUGGUUCAUUUCGGUAUUUCCGCCACUGAAGAGCGUUUGAGAAUCACUAGGUUUAGGGAUGGUUAUGGUAAUUUGAGUGAUCCCACUGCGAAUUCCAGUGCUAUAUUCACUAUAAUGGUUCAAGGGUUACCCAAAAUUAUAGGAGCUGAUAGAGCUGUGUUGCAGGAGUAUUUUCAGUAUAGGUAUCCUGGUAAGGUUUAUAAGGUUAUUGUGCCAAUGGAUUUGUGUGCUUUGGAUGGUUUGGCCACCGAGUUGUUGCGUGUGAGGGACGAGAUUUCGUGGUUAGUGGCUAGGAUUGACUCUCGCCUGUUGCCCGAUGAUUGCGAAGAGUAUGGUGGUGUUGGUGGGAGUGUGCCUCCGGGAUUGUGGAGUUGGGUGGUUUUUUGUUGGAAACAGUUGAAAGGUUUUUAUGCCGAUGUUAUGGUUAGAUUUGGUUAUACUGACGAGGAGAGGUUGAGGAAAUUGCAGGAAAUGAGGGCUGAACUGGAGUCUGAGUUGGCUGCUUACAAAGAAGGGAGUGCCCCGGGUGCCGGUGUUGCCUUUGUUAUGUUCAAGGAUGUGUAUACUGCUAAUAAGGCUGUUCAGGAUUUUCAGAACGAAAAGAGGAGGCGGGUUGGGAAGUUCUUUUCUCUUAUGGAGUUGCGUUUGAGGAGAAACCAAUGGAAAGUUGAGCGUGCUCCCUUGGCGUCUGACAUUUAUUGGAAAAAUUUGGGGACGCCUAAGCUAUCGCUGAAAUUGCGGAGAGUGUUUGUGAAUACCUGCUUGUUAUUGAUGCUCUUGUUCUUUAGUUCUCCCCUUGCUGUGAUCAGUGCUGUUCAGAGUGCUGGAAGGAUCAUCAAUGCCGAGGCUAUGGAUAAUGCACAAAUGUGGCUGGCUUGGGUGCAGAGCUCUAGCUGGCUUGGAAGCCUUAUUUUUCAGUUCUUACCCAAUCUUAUCAUCUUUGUCAGCAUGUACAUAGUAAUUCCAUCUGCACUUUCUUAUCUGUCGAAAUUUGAACGUCAUCUAACAGUUUCUGGUGAGCAAAGAGCUGCACUCGUGAAGUUGGUUUGCUUCUUCCUUGUAAAUCUCAUUCUCUUGCGGGGUAUUGUUGAAUCAUCAUUAGAGAGUGCCAUCCUGAAGAUGGGUCGGUGCUAUUUGGAUGGGGAGGAUUGCAAGAGGAUUGAGCAAUAUAUGAGUGCAUCAUUCCUGUCUAAGUCGUGCCUUUCAUCUCUUGCAUUUCUGAUCACAAGCACAUUCCUGGGGAUAUCUUAUGAUCUAUUGGCACCCAUUCCAUGGAUAAAAAGAAACAUCCAAAAGUUUCGGAAGAAUGACAUGCUUCAGCUAGUUCCAGAACAAAGUGAAGAAUACCCGUUAGAACAUCAGGACACAGAUAGUCUUCAGAGACCACUAAUGCAUCCCAGUGCAGGUGCUUAUGAAACUACCAAUGGGGAUAAUCAAGAGGGACAAGAUCUUUUUGUCUAUCCAAUCACUGGGAGCUCACCUGCUCCAAAACAGACAUUCGAUUUUGCACAAUAUUAUGCAUUUAAUUUGACAAUAUUUGCCCUUACUCUGGUAUACUGUUCGUUUAGUCCACUUGUUGUCCCUGUUGGUGCUGUUUAUUUUGGAUAUAGAUAUGUGGUUGACAAGUACAAUUUUCUGUUUGUCUAUCGAGUUCGGGGAUUUCCUGCAGGCAACGAUGGGAGGUUAAUGGAUACUGUAAUAUGCAUCAUGCGUUUCUGCGUUGAUCUAUUCUUACUCGCUAUGCUCCUAUUCUUCUCAGUGAAAGGGGACUCUGCGAAGCUGCAAGCUAUUUUCACUCUUGGAUUAUUAGUCUUGUAUAAAGUAUUGCCUUCCCGUAGUGAUAGUUUUCAAUCAACUCUUUUGGAGGGCAUUCAAACGGUUGAUAAUUUUGUAAAUAGUCCCAUUGAUUAUGAGGUAUUUUCACAGCCCAGGUUUGAUUGGGAUGCCUCUCAAAGGUGAUUCAAGCUUUGAUAUUAUUGCUGUCAAAUAGAUUUGUAUCUGUUCUCAUACAAAAACAUGUGAUUCAGAAAAAAUAGCGAUAGGGGGAUGAGGUUGAAGGGAUCACUCAAGAGCCAGGGAAGAUGGUUCUUUUGACUGCUGUCCAUAAUCUGUUACACACACCUCAUUUCUACCAUACGCUCCAAAGAUUGGCCAGGAUGUUAAUGUGAUGUACCAUAUGAUAUGAUAUUUAUCUGAAGUUCCUAGAUUUGUGCAAAUUUGGGGCCAUUGUAAGUUUUCCACUUUUUAUAUCUACAUGCUGAUCACAAUGGAGAAAUUCUAGGAAAAAUUGGACUUGUUUUCGUUAGAGAAGUAACGGUGAGAGCCCUGUUGCUUCUGCUUCAGACAAGUUUCAGAGCAAAUGGUGCUGUUCUUACUGUUGGCAUAUUCCACAGACUAAUUGCUAAGAAUUUGAAUUGCAUGCCAAUCUAUUUUCUUGUCGUAAAGCUUACUAGUUACCAUCAUUUGUAGACAAUAGUACAUAGAUCUGGAAAAAAGAAAUUGGACACAAAUAUUAUUCUCAGUUAAAAUGCAUGUCAUGCUUAUCAA